AUGCCCGCUUCCUCCAGCCACGGCCGCCGCUCCUUCUCGUCAGAGCCGUCGGUAACAUCGUCGCACACGUUCGACUCCAAGACGUCGGGCACCUACGUCGAAAAUGGGGAGGGCGGCUCGUCACGUGCGCCCAGCGCUGGCUCGAGGCAUAGGGAAGGUGCGACCAACGGCGACUUCAGGGCAGCCUCACAGGGGUCAGCGCGCAGUCCGCUGGGCCCGGAGGCCAUAGAGGGGCAGGACUUUGCCCACCGCAGAUAUCGGGCAGGCAGGUCCGCUGGCGGCUUCUUGCUGGACUCGAGCUUCCCCAGCGGGCCACGCAAUCGACACAGCACCCGUCAAGCACAUAGCCCAGAUGCAAAGGGCAAGAGCAGGGCGCGGCAUCGUCGUGCGCACGAAGACGACCGACAGCCAGAAGGUCGCAGCAAGCGGACGGCCUCUCCAGACAGCCCGCCGGUCGCGCAAAGGGUCGAAGCAGAACAGGAGAACGGCCGGUUGGGUGCACCGAGGACCAGGAGCAGCAUGCUCGGUGUCCAGCCCGCCGACCACAGCAACACGCCGCCGCGACCAACCGUCGACCCAAACCAGCUCGUGCACAUGGCCCUGAAUCUUAGCGAGAGCCGGCGGCGGAACAUCAGUGCUUCUCAGCUGCUGGGCUCGCAGUCGAGGCAGCCUUCUGGAGCACAGCGAGAGGGCAGCUUCUCAAACGCAGGCGUGGGCAGCAGCCUGAGGCAGUACCUGAACGAGCAACGCAGAGUGUCUCGCAACAUAUCGCCCAUGGGCGGGAAAGGCUCGCCUUCUCGACACGUGUCCAGCAGCAUGCAGCGGAGCGCAUCCAUGGCUUUCCCAGCAUCCCAGGCAAUCCAUCCCUCCGUCGCGACGCUACUUCGGCGAGACAAGGCCCGCGCGUACAUCGAGCUUCGCGCAGAAUAUAUGCGCUUGCUGGAGUAUCUGCCACCGCUGAAGGCAGACGCUGAUGCGCCAGGCAACUUCAUCUACACAUCCAACGCUGUUCCGGGCAGCCCGCAAGCGCAGCUCACGCGUACACCGUCGUACGCGAACAAGCAGCACGAGCUCGGUCGGCCCUACAAUCCUAUACAAGCUCUGCGCAACCGCAGGAGCAGAGCGCGCGAGCGGCUGGCAUUGCCUCAAGAACCUGCCGAAUUCUCAGAUAUUGAGCAAGUGCACGAGUGGGUCGAUCGGAUUGAGGAACAGUCAAGAAGACCUGGGUUCCGCCAAGAGGACCGUGUUCUGCUGCCAAAGCUACACAAUGACCACGAAGUGCAAGCCGCACAUGGCAAACCCUCAAAGUCACAGCAAGGCUGGAGUUUUACCCCCGAGGAGCUUCUCGCUGAUGCGUAUUGGCUCGAACACGGCGCUAACAAGACCGUCAUCGAGGACCGUAACGGCCGCAAAAUCCUCCCAGCACGAGAAGCACCAAGGCAGCAGAAGAAUGACUUCCCUCAAGCACGACCUAGCAAGGAGUACUCUGACAAGAGGAGACGCAGCCACGUGGACGGUCUGCCUGGUACUGCGACUGAUCCCACGACUGGCGAUGAGAGUGAGCAUGGUAGCGAGCGCAGCCGCAAGAGAAGACUACUACCAACAAUCCGUGCUGACUCGCGACUUCGGAAAGGCAGAGGCAGUCCACGAAAGCACUCAACAGGCUACAGUGACUCGUCCGAUUCCGACAAUGAUGCGCGCAAGGUCCGGAAGUCCUUCGAUGUCGAGCAUAACACCGGUCCGCUUGCACUGCAGAUGAAGAAACAGUUGGAGCUACACACCAAGGGAAUCAACAACAAGUCACCAGCUGUAUUCACGCCGGACACGCCCGACAAGUGGGGAAGAGCACACGAUGACAUUCCGGAUGGGAAGGUUUCGCGCAACUCUCUGGAAGUACCUCGCUUUACAAAUGGCUCUGCAAGAGUGGACGAGAAUGCCACCCUCAAGAUGCCUCCACGGAAUCGCACCAGCCCCUUGUCGCCUAUCAAGCCGGCUGAACCUCGAUCAUCGUUCGAGGAUGAGGGUGCUGCGUCCAGCACGCCGCUUCAUACAAGGCACUUCCCGCACAUUGGAAGCGACUUGUCCCCGCCACCUAGUAGAGCCGGUUCUGACCUUGGCAAGACCAAGCGAAGCAAGCUGAAUCCUUUUCACUCUUCUCAUGACCACGACAAGCAUGAGCAGAAGCACGACCAAGUUUCAACAAACUUGGACAACAACAACAACCAGAGCUCUCGACAGACGAGCGAGGAGCCCCUGGAGCCUAGCAGCCUUGGAAACGCCAUCCUUGCUGCACCAGGUGCUGUGAAGAACUUACUUGGCCAUCGCAAGAACGAUAGCGUAAGUAGCUUACCAAGUCCAGAUAAGCUGCGUCGCAAAGAAACACAAGACUUCAAAGAGCCUCACUCCGCUGUCACAAGGUUCUUCAAGGGUGUCAAGCAUGAGGGCACGAAAGUGGGCGAUAUCAUCUUCAGACGUGACCGGGCAGAUGACACGGAUGCGAGCACAGUCUCUGAUCGCAACUCUGUGGACUUUGACGAAGACGUACGCACCAACCGACCAGCGCUUUCACGAACAGUCACACCGACUACGGCGAGUAGUGUCACGUCGGAGAAGGAUGGACGGUACCACCUCAAACUCCCAUCGUUCCGUCCUGCUCACGAAGCCUUGAGCGACAACGAUAAUGCAUCAGACCUCGAGCAUCACAUCUCACGCCAGUCCCGCGAACGCCGGAACACUCGAUCUCCUCGCAUCGACCGGCUUCUGCCGCCUCGCAUCAACCUGGAACGCGUCUCGACAGCUUCUUCAUCAGCUACACUCGGCCCUGUUAGAAGUCGCGAUCAAGACCACAUGAACAAGCAGCUUGCUCGACCUGGCAGCGUGUUUCCUGGCGCUCUCCCCCCAACAGCCCUCAAGGAUGCUCAAGGCAGGCACCGCAGCGCCUCUCGCCCCACUCUCGACGGGAAGCGACACUGGAGUAUUGCUGACGACGACGAUAAUGAGCAUGCACUCCAGCGCAGAAAAUGGCAGAAUGCAGUCACGCAAGCAGACAUCGCUCGCGUGCGCGCACUCUUCCUCUGCUCUGGCGUCAAAGCCAAAGAGAUCGCUCGACGCGCGCAAACACCCAAUACCCAAAUCCCGCGAUUCCUCACUCUGGCCGCAGAAACCGCGAAGGAGCAUCUAUUCCCCGUUUCAAGGAAAGAAGAGCACGUCCUCGCCGCCCGCAUCCUCGUCCACGAUCUCGAGCGCUCAACAUCAGCGCUCCACACCGCAUGCGAAAUAUUCCGCUCCGGCACGAUCAAAGACCUGAACACGCGCAUCAGCCAGCUGAGGGAUAGCAUAGAGAGCGACCUCAUGCCCCGCAUCUUCGAAAGCGGCGACAAAGCCGUGCGCAUCACGAGCGAAGUCUCAGGCCAAGGCCCGCUCCAAGUCAAACAAAUCAACGACGAAAUCGACCGCAUGCUGCGCCAGCGGAGACGCCAUACUAGAUGGGUGAUGAGCUGGGGAUGGUCGGCGGUGGAGUGGACGAUUGUUGUUGCGUUGAGGUUUGCGUCGAUCAUCUUCGCGGUGUAUGGGUUGUUGAAGAGUGUUGUUGGUUUGGUUUGGAGAGUUGUGAAGUGGCUGCUGUGGCUCUAG